CAAUCAUAUCUAAAGGCUCUACGAGUUUUGGGUGUCGCCUGAGUUGUCCAGGGAAGAACUGCGAGAAGAGAAAGACGAUACCUUUGGAUAAUAAUAAUAAUAAUCAGAUACAGGAACAACAGAGAAGAAGAAGAAGAAGAAGAUGAAGACAACAAAGGGAGGAAAAGUUAUGAAUCCUACCGAUGCAUAUCGUAAGGAGCUUCGCAAGAAGGAACUCAAAAGGAAUAAAAAAGAAAGGAAGAAGGUGAGAGAGGUGGGGAUUUUAAAGAAGGAUCCUGAGACACUAAGGGAUCAAAUUGACAAGUUAGAGAUGAUGAAGGCCGAAGGUGCUCUUGACAAAGCUAGGAAACACAAAAAGAGACAAUUAGAGGACACUCUCAACCUUGUUCUUAAAAAGAGGAAGGAAUAUGAAGAGAAACAAAGGGAGAAGGGUGAAGAACCAGUUAUGUUCAGUCAUUUAGGGCCUCCUCGAAGGCGGACUACUGCUGAAGAAGAAGAGAGAGCUAAACACCCACAACCAGAAGAUUCAGUUUAUUAUCACCCUACACUUAACCCUACCGGAGCCCCACCCCCUGGAAAGCCACCCAUGUUAAAAUCAUCUAUAGGUCCCAGAAUUCCACUAUCUGCUGCAUCAUCCAGUGGUGCUGCUUCUUCAUCCAUGUCGGAAUCAGAAGACGCUGCUUUUCUAGUUCCUCCUCCACCCCCACCUCCACCACCUCUUCCUCAGGGAACUGAGGCGGAAGCUGGUGAUGGUUCGGUUAUGCCUGCUUCUUUGCCUUUGCCUCCUCCGCCGCCCCCUCCUCCAUUAGUAUCUGAAGGAGGUUCAUCUUUGCCGCCACCACCACCUCCUCCUGCCCCCCCAUCCAAAGAACAAGGUCAGUUAUGGCCUCCCCUUCCUCCACCUCCUCCACUCCGUCAGUCUACACAGCCUCCACCACCUGGAACUGCAGGAAGUGAAAUGGAGAAAAAUUCUUCUGAAAAGGCGGAUGAUUUGAAUAACAAGGAGUCUGUUCAGGCACCUACCAUCCAACCUCCACUUCCCCCACCACCAGGGAAGGUGAUAAGCUAUCAGUCUGAAGAUGGUUCAUCAUCUGAACUGGAAGCAUUAAAUUCCGUAGGAACAAAUGAUUCAGCUAAAAUGCUCCUCCCUCCACCACCACCACCACCCCCUAGGUUACAGCCACCAGGACAUGUACCUUCCUUCCCAAAUAUGCAGCAACCUGAUGUUCUUCUGCCCCCAGGAAUUUCACGACUUCCCCCACCUCCACCCCCACCUGCUAUGCGCCCGCCUCCUCCUCCUGGACAACCUCCUUCAACUGGAUUGAUGAUGCCUAUGAUUCCAAGGCCACCGUUUGGUCUUCCACCCGGACCACCACCACUUCCCAUGAUGAUCAGACCACCACUUCCACCUGGCCCACCUCCUUUUUUCCAAGAAGAAUAUUUUGCUAGAGCUCUUGGUCCUCCUCCAAAACCCUCGUAUGUCAAAUCAGCAGCUGCUACUGUUGUCAAGAGGCCCCUUGCCCAACACACUCCUGAACUAACUGCCAUGGUUCCUGCUUCAGUGCGUGUUCGGAGAGAAACCGCCACCCCAAAACCUAGGCCAAAGGCACCUUCUUCUACAGCAACCACAGUUAACAACAAGCCGGCCAUGGCUCCAACUUCUACCAUUGUUAAGCCAGUGAUGGCCAAUUCAUCUAGCGCACCAAAACCACAGAGCAUUGAUGACUCUUACAUGGCCUUCUUGGAAGACAUGAAGGCAAUGGGUGCCCUAGAUAGUUGAACUCGAGCCGAAGAAGAGAAAGUAUUAUAUGAGAGUGUACAGGCUUAUGUCAAAGUGUGAACGCACCUUUUGGGUUCAUGUAAUCUGGUCUGGGCCAGUAUGUUAAACGGUAUUGGGGAGGUUAUUAGCCUUUAAACUUGGUGUUUACAAUAUUCUCGACAUAAUUUUUUAUAUUAUUUCUAGAACUGAAUGCUGUUUCUAAUGGUAGUAACUAGUAUUGACAUCUUGAGGGACCGAAGAAAAAGUGUUAUUUUUCGAAUUGGUCUUCACAAUUUACUGAUUGUAAUGAACUGAAUUUUCAUUA